AUGAGAGAUGCUAGACAGAAACUGCAAUGGGCAUCGAAGCGCGUCACCACUGUGCAGGAAGACACCGCGUACUCGUUAUUUGGUAUCUUCGACGUCCACUUACCUGUCAUCUAUGGCGAGAGGAAGCAGAGCGCGCUCGGGCGGCUCCUGCAGGAUAUCGUCUCUCGGUCGGGUGACAUUACUUCCCUCGACUGGGUCGGACAAUCGUCCGAGUUCAAUAGUUGCUUUCCAGCCGACAUCAUCUCAUAUGCAACCCCGCCAUGCUCCCUACCAUCAUUGUCUGAAGAUGAGAUUCAGACAGCGAACACGAAUGCUCCCCUCUUCGCAAACCGCAGACUCCGUCUGCCUUGCAUCGCAUUCCGUGUCAAUGAAGUCAAACGGAGGCGCGGUGACGCUGCUCAUUCCACGUAUGGAGUGAAAGCAGAUGGGCUUCGGGACUUGGUGAUCACCACAGACGAGACACUAAUUCAAUUCUCGCGCGUAAAGCCCACUCAGCAGACAUUCUUUCUUGUCCGUCCAUGGGAUCGUCGUCUCCUUGGACUGCCUGACUUUUCGGAGCAGCUUACCUUCGCAGACGAAGAGGAGAGCGUAGGGGAUUGGUCCGAGUCCGAAUCUGCAUCUGACCACACUGACGAGCCGUCCAGCGACUCACCUGGAGAAGAGGAAUUGUCGGUUGACUCGGAUAUUCACUCGCGAUCAUUGCGUUUGAUGGUUCACCUUGGGCAGGCUUUCAGCGCACUUUUGGUAGCGCAGCAACGCGUUGGAGAGUACAAGAGGGUCGCUUCGGACCAUAACAUCAUUGCGCAGGUCAAAGACAUGGCUUCGAUUGACAUUCUGAACAUCAGGACCCUAGACAUAUUGUAGUUGUAUGGUUUUUUCAUGCGGAAAUAUUGAC